AGUACUGAGUCGACAGUUUUCUACUGAUUUCUGGCUAACAGAAAUGGAGGCGGCCAUGAAAAGAGCUCUCCUUGUCCUAAACUGUAUCCUUCUCUUCAUCGGCGGCAGUGGAGGUCCUCUCCUAACGAGGCUUUACUUCAUCCAUGGUGGCAGUCGGCUUUGGUUCUCAAGCUGGCUCCAAACUGGGGGCUUCCCCAUCUUCCUCCUCCCUCUCUCCAUCGCCUACAUCCAGCAUCACCGCCGAAACCCAUCGCCGGGGAACAGAUUUUUCAUCGGACCACGUCUGUUCAUCGCCUCAGUGAUCAUUGGAAUCCUCACAGGCCUAGAUGACUUCCUCAUGGCCAACGGUAUGGCGCGGCUGCCCAUUUCGACUUCCGCGCUGAUCUCUGCGACCCAGCUGGCGUUCACGGCGGGGUUUGCUUUUUUGCUGGUGAGGCAGAAGUUUACGGCCUACUCGGUGAAUGCGCUGGUGUUGUUAACGAUUGGGGCUGCGGUUCUGGCGAUGCACGGGAGCAGUGACCGGCCGGAGGGAGAGUCGAGUAAAGAAUACAUGUUUGGGUUCGUUAUGAUGAUCGGAGCGGCGGCGUUGUACGGGUUUAUAAUGCCGUUUCUAGAACUGGUUUACGCCAAGGCUGGACAGGAAAUUACGUACGCGGUGGUCAUGCAGAUUCAGAUGGUGAUAUGUGUGUUUGCUACGGGUUUUAGCACUGUGGGGAUGGUGAUUAACAACGACUUCAAGGUGAUUCCAAGAGAAGCAAGAGAGUUUGAGAUAGGAGAAACGAAGUACUACCUGGUGGUGGUGUGGAGCGCAGUGGCCUGGCAGUUCUCUUUCUUAGGGGUGGUCGGAAUAGUGUUCUGCGCAUCGUCUCUGCUGUCAGGCGUCAUGGUUUCGCUUCUGAUUCCGGUGACGGAGGUUUUAGGAGUCAUUUUCUUGGACGAGAAAUUCCGUCCAGAAAAAGGUGUUGCUCUUGCCCUCUCCAUCUGGGGUUUUAUCUCUUACUUCUAUGGGGAAGCAAGAACCCUCAAGAAACAAAAACAUGUCGAUCAAGAUACAGAAAUGCAACAAGUAUGA